UCGGUUUAAGAAUGGUUUUGGUUUAAGAACGGUCUUCCGGAACGGAUUAAGUUCAUAAAACAAGGUACUUGGUUUUAUAGUGAUUUGUAAGUGGUGUUACAGCUAAGAGUGUAAAAGAGGAAAUGUAGGUUCCAUUACAUUCUGACAAAAAGUACAAUAUAGCAGAGCAGUACUGAAUUGACAUCACUCCCUCAUCUUGAGGUGGUGAUGAUUGUAACCGACAUGGGCUGAGGACUAUGACACGGUAUGCCUCAAGACCCGUUCACAAGACAACUGCAACAGGGCUGUUGUUUUUGCGCGUGGAGGGGGGGUUGAUUUCUUGAUCACAUUCCUUGGAAAAUACAGAGGCUCUGUAGCACCACCCACACCUUUUAAUCUUGCUUCUAAGGCAAACUAGAACAGCAUCUUAGUGGCUAAGGAUACAGUUACUAUAGUAAUAACUGUAAACACUGGAAAGGCACCGCCAAUCUUGUCCCAGUGUUCCAAUAGCAACAGAGGGAAAUGGCGUCCAAAGAAUCCACAACUUCCUAGGAAUCAAAGCUCUAGUUUCUACUCUUCCUGAGGUGAACUAUUUCCUAAUUCAUCAGACAAAAUGUCGUGGGAAAAAGGAUCUCCGCAAUGUAAAUCCCACAAAUCUGAAGAAGAUCCCACAAAGGUAGUUAAGAUUGACUUCAAGAAAGUUGACAAACUCGAUAUUACAGUACUUUGCUCCAUAUGCCAACAAAUGGUACACAUUAGCGAAAUUCUUUUCCAUAAAAGAGUCCACCAGGCUCUGGCAGUACUGGAUUAUCGCCGGCCAUGGGUGGAAUCAAUAGAUGUAAAUAAAAUAGUUCUUCAGAGAAAACGUCUGCUUUUAAAAAUGAAAAAAUAUAAGACUCCUAAGUAUGUUGAACGAAAGACGGAGAAGAUUGGCUGUUCAUUUGAUCUCCUUAAAGAAAGCAUGAAGCCUACUCCAUAUUUUUGCAUUGAUAGUAUUGCUCAAAGUUCUGUGCACGUUGAAGAAGUUACCAAUCCGCUGAUAAAAGCCAUCGCAAUAUGUCAAGACAAAAAUGCUCAUUGGCAUGAAAACCUGGAAGACGUAUUUGUCGUGUUAGACAAUUAUGGGAACAGGGCAGGUACGUCCUUUCUUGGGGUUUUUGAUGGAAGCAAUGGGAUCUCUGCUGCAGAGACGACGUCCGUGGAACUUCCCGUUUUACUCCUUGACCAGCUUUCUCACGAAGAUCCCUCUUACCAAGUGAGUGAAGCUGGGAAAGAAUUCAUAGAUUCAUUCUGCACCGUCUUCAGGGCAGAUUACAAAGUGAGGGAGAGGCUUUUCACUCAGAAGGGUGCCAGAGGCAAGAAGUCUUGGCCAGGUGAUUAUGAAUGGAUUCACAGAGCAUAUGCUAAGUCUUUCUGGCGUAUGGACAGGCUUUUACGGCUCGGGAGAAAUGAAGUUUCCAGAGUCUGCUGGAGCAGUUGUACAGCUGCCACCUGUAUAAUAGAAAAUAUAAGCAACGAAAAGGAAAGCCAACCUGAAGAAGAGGAGGAGAAAACGCUUGAAAAGGUAACUGAUGAAGAGGAACAGAACGUCAGACAACAGAGCGAGGAGGAGAUGCCUAAAAGGAUAUUCAUAGCAAAGAAAAAAGGUGACGCAGAGCAGGGAGUGGCUCUGCUUAUAACUAAGAAAGAGAGGGGCAGUGUCACAGAACAGCAGCCAGAGGAGCCACUUGGAGGAACCAACGGCAAAAAGGAAAGCAGCACGGUAGAGUCAGAAAACAAUGAGCAGGUUACCAAUAAUAAGGAUGUGAUUCAGGAAGAGAAUCUGCUUGAAAGCAAGAAACAGCAGCAAGAAGAAUCACUUGAAAGAACAGAUGAUCAUGCCAGAGAGGCAGGAGACACUGUGCAUGUUGCUGAUCAUAUAGAUGGGGGCCAGGAUGAGGGUCUCCUUGAAAACAUGGGACAGCAGCAAGGAGAGUCAUCUGAAAGAACAGAUGAUCACACCAGAGAGCCAGGAGACAAUGUGCAUGUUGCUGAUCAUAUAGAUGGGGGCCACGAAGAGGGUCUCCUUGAGAACAUGGAACAGCAGCAAGGAGAGUCGUCUGAAAGAACAAAUGAUCUCACCGCAGAGCCAGGAGACAAUGAGCACGUGCCAGAUAGCAUAGAUGGGAGUCAGGAAGAGGAAGAGCUUGAAGGCGACAAUAGUUCUGCACCGACAGAAGAAAAAUUUGGACUCAUGCAUAUUGCUAAUAUUGGCAAUGUUCAUGCUGUUUUAUGCAAAAAUGGGAAAAGCUAUUGGGUUACUAAAGAACACAGCACUUAUUCUAGAGAAGAAAGGAUCCGUGUUCUUAAGAAUGGUGGCUAUAUCAGCAGCAAUGAACCCAAAGGACUGAUAGAAGGACUUAUCAAGAGCACUCGGGGCCUUGGCCACCACGGCAAUCCAAAGCUGAAAAAUACUGUUAUUCCUGUACCACAUACAAUCUCCUUUCCUGUUGAUGAUUCAUGCCAAUUUCUUAUUUUAGCUUCUAAUGGACUCUGGGAAGUUCUGGAUAAAAGUGAAGCAGUACUAUUGACAUUAACAAUGUUUUCUGCUUAUCUGGAAAAGUAUCAGCGCUCCCAACUGAAGAAAGCCCGCAUGUCCAAAGGCUCCGAGUUACCUUCGAAUGAUUUGGAAACUGAAUUCUAUUCAUGGUAUUUAAAUAAAGAUUUUUUGGCAGAUAUUGAGUUACAAAAUUUAAGGUCCUCAAGUAGCGUUGUGCAAGAAGAAGAGAUGGUUCAGUCAGGUUGCUCAGCAGAGCAAGAAGCAGAAGCAGAUGAAGAAUCAGAAGAAGCAGCGGAAGAAUCAGAAGCAGAGGAAAAAUCAGAAGCAGAUGAGGAAGAAGCCGCAGAAGAAGCAGAGGAAGAAGAAGCAGCAGCAGAGGAAGAAGAAGAGGAGGAGGAGGAGGAGGAAGAAGAAUCAGAAACCACUUUAGAAGUUUCUGGCUCAUGGGACUUAAGUGAUGAUACAACUCAUGAAAGCACAGAACCAACUCUAACCCCAGAGUUUGCGAUAAAUGUAGAAGAACCUGAACCUGAAAGUUCUGAAUCUUCACAAAUAUCAGAAGAUUCAGAAAUCAAUUCUAGGACAUUUUAUGCCCUUGCAGCUAAGUAUAUUAGUAAGCACCUUGUAGAAGCUGCACUGAAAGCAGGUUCCAGAGAUAAUAUUACUGUUCUGAUAGCACUCUUAAAUGGAUGUGAUAAAAUACCCACUUAUAUUUAGCAUGUAUACUGUGCUUAGGAGGAUAGUUCA